AUGAAUUUAUUGCUUGAAAUAUACAUUCAUAUAGAUAUGGAUGCAUAUUAUGCUUAAGCAGAAUAGAAAUUAUUAAAAAUACCAGAUGAUUAGCCUCUUUGUGCAAGAUAAUGGAAUACUUUAAUAGCAAUCAAUUAUCCUGCAAGAGCUGCAGGUAUUAAAAGAGGCAUGUUAUCUGAUGAAGCACUAGAAUUAUGUCCAGAAGUAUUUUUACCUCAUGUUGAAACUUUCAAGAUUUCAGAUGGUAAAAUGAUCUUUUCAACAAUACAAGACAAGUACACUUAACAUAACCAAAAUGAAGAAAAAAUUAGUCUAAGAUAUUAUAGAGAAGAAAGUAAAUUGAUUUUUGCAAUUAUUAAGUAAUUUUGUGGUUGUAUUGAAAAAGGCGGUACUGAUGAAUGUUACAUAUAAGUAAGUGAAAAUGAGUUAGAAAAAAUUGAACAUAAUCAAUUUGUUGGUAAUCUUAUGUGUGACAUACCAUCAGAUUAUAAAUUAACUGAAUAAGAUAUCUAAAUAAUGAAGGCUUCUAUAUUAUGUUAAUAAAUUAGAGAUACAAUCUAUAAAGAAACAUAAUAUAAAUGCAGUGCUGGAAUUUCAUUUAAUAAAAUGCUCUCUAAACUUGCAUCUUCUACUAAUAAACCUAAUAAAUAAACUAUUAUUUUAGAAUGUAUGUUACCUGAAUGUAUAGCUUAAUUUAAUAUAAAGAAAAUAAGAGGAUUUGGUGGAAAAAUUAAACAUUCCUUUAUUAAUAGUGAAAUUUAAACUAUUGGUUAAGCUUAGCAAUUAUCUCUAUCAUAAUUAGAAGUAUUAUUUGGAGAUAAGGCUCAAUAUGUUUAUGAUAAAUUAAGAGGUUAUGACAAUGAAGAAAUCAAGAAAGAAUCUGAACGCAAACAUAAAUCCAUUCUAUCUUUAAAGAAUAUCAAAAAAACAUUCUCUAGAGAUACUAUUAUUUAAUCUUUAGAAUUAAUAAUACAUGAUCUUACAAUGAGAGUAACUGAUUACUUUGAAGAUACAAAUCUCGUUCCAUCAGUAGUAGUUCUUCAUUAUCAUAAUGUUGAGAAAGGUUCUCAUUAAAAAAGUGAACCUGUUUACUUAACUCUUCCAAUAGAUAGUUUCAGAUUAUAAAUUGAGGAUAGAGUUAAUUCAAUUUUAAAUUCAAUUUAAGAUAAUGAGCUCUUUCCAUUGAUAACUAUUGGAUUAAGUUGUAGAUACUUUAAACCUAUGGCUUAGGGUAUCUAAAAUCCAAUAACUAGUUAUUUUAAAAAAGUAAUAGAAAAUUAAGUAUAAGAAAAAAUGUCAAAAUUUAUUGAAGAAGUAUAAAAGGAACUAUCUCCUUAAGAUUAUUAUAAUUGUGAAAUUUGUAAACAGGAGAUACUGAAAACAUUGAAAGAUGAACAUAUUGAUUUUCAUAUAGCUGAAAAUUUAGAUAAAGAAAUGAAUCCAAAAAAAAGAAGAUAUAAAAGUUAAACUUAAAAUAAUAACAAACCUUAAUAACAAUAAGUAAAUCCUUAAAUUGAGUAAUUUAUGAAAAAAUCUUGA